AACUGAUUGAGUUAGCAGACAGCAGCAGUGUGUGCUGGAGCAUGGUAACUGGGGUUAAGAUGUGCUCUCCAAUCAGGACUGAAUUGCUGCUUUGCUUGUUCCUACUCUCCCUGGAUUCAUUGGACUGUAAAUACACCCCAAGAGUGAUUCUCCCUGCAACAGGUGAAGGUUAUGUUCGCUACGAGUUCCCUAGACCACAGGAACACAUUGUGUUUCUCCAUGGGCAAGAGGAUGGAACUCUUUAUGUUGGCGGCCAAAACAAGCUUUUCAACAUUAACUUCAAGUCGCUGAAUCAAUCCACAGUGAUUCCUUUCCCAUUGGAAGUCGCUACAGGCUAUGAGGGGAGGUGUGACGUUACAGUCCUGCACAGAUAUGAUGACUCUCAUCUGUUUGUCUGUGGAUCGGACGGUGAGAGCCCUCAGUGCUACAUGAUAACAGACACAUGGAAUUCAUCUGAAAAGGUUAACCCAGCUGGAAUUUCGCCAUUUUCUACAAAUGAAAAAGCACCUUCCCUGUUUGUAGAGGGAGAACUUUACACCACCAGUAGGCUUUACAAAGAAGGAAAUGGCAAAGAUCUACGCAGAAGUUGGGGGGUAAAGAAAAAGGUUUGGAUGCAUGACAAAUCAAAGAAAGAUCCAAAAUAUAUUGGCAUAACAUCAGUGAGAAGGAAGGAGGAUCCGUUGAACGAUAAAAUCUACACCUUCUUCCAGGAGAAGAAUCCAAAUAUCAGUGCUGAUGCUGAUCCAUGGAUCUCCCGGGUCGCUCAAGUCUGCAAGGUGGAUCAGGGGGGCAGCAGGAGUAUACUGCAUAGCAUGUGGACGUCGUUCCUGAAAGCACGGCUGGCAUGCGGGGUUCCCUCUGAGAACAUGUUCUAUAAUCGGCUCGAGGAGGUGUAUGUGCUGCAUGCGGAGAACUGGACGGACAGCAGGGUCUAUGGGGUCUUCUCAAGUGCCUGGAACAUGACAGCCAUCUGUAUCUACUCUAUGGAGGAGAUUGACAGUGUGUUCACCCACUCCAAGUUUCAAGGUUAUUCAGGGGUAAUUCCAAACCCCAGGCCAGGAACAUGUGUUGAUAAUAGUCAGGCGUUGAAAGACGAUGUUUUAAAGGUGGCAAAAGACCACCCAGAGAUGUCAGAUUGGAUUCAUCCCAUUGUCAGAGCAGCUCCCUUUAUGAUUAGUGACCGGCACUACAGGAAGAUCCAAGUGGACAGAGUCACAGUCCCCGGUCAGAAACCACACAAUGUUCUACUGCUGGCCACAGAGAGUGGUUUGAUCCACAAGGUGCUGGAGGUGAACCACAGUCCCUUCAUUAUUGCAGAGAUUCAUCCCUUCAAGAGCAAAUCUCACAUCCAGUCGAUGAUUCUGGACUCCACAACGAAAAAGCUGUAUGUGGGUUCUCACUACGAGGUGGUUGCGAUUGACCUGCAGAAUUGUGAGCAGUACGGCGAUGGAUGCGAGCAGUGCAUUUUAUCUAGAGACCCCUACUGCGGCUGGAGGAACAAAAAUUGCGCUAAAGCAGAACGUGGCGCUGUUCAGCAUGUGGAGGAUGGUGAUCAUAGCCAGUGUACUCAGAUUCCCAAAUUUGAACAUUAUCGAUCCCAGAGGGGAAACCCUGAAGACCAGGAGCUGAAAAGCAUUGCACCCCUGUCUGCCCCCUACUUCCUAACCUGCCCCAUAACCUCCCAUCAUGCCUCACACUUCUGGCACCAUAACAACAGGACCAUUGACUGCCAGUUCAGCAAAUCGGACUGCCUCCACCUGAUUGAGGGAAUGAAACCAGACCUCUAUGGAAAGUAUCAGUGCUUUGCUGAAGAAAAGGGAUACCAGCGGCUGGUGACAGAAUACACACUGGUGCCCAGUUCAGGAACCACAGCACUCAGCUCCAAGGUGCAAGCCCUGGGGAGUAUCAUCCUGCUGGUGGGGCUCAUUCUCUGAGCUCAGUUCAAGUUUACUGUGGUGUAGUCGAACAGCCAUGUGCAUUUAACCAUGCUUUUCCCAUGCUUAUAUUUUGCUUGUAUUGUGCUUUUCCAUAGUUACCCAAAAGUCCCCUGGGCUAACAUUGUCUAAACCUUUUAAGAUUUUGAAUGCUUGACUCAGAUCCCCGCGUAGUCUUCUUUGUUCAAGACUGAAUAGAUUCAAUUCUUUUUAGCCUGUCUGCAUACGCCAUGCCUUUUAAACACGGGAUAAUUCUGGUUGCUCUUCUUUGCACUCUUUCUAGAGCACCAAUAUCCUUUUUGUAACGAGGUGACCGGAACUGAACACAAUAUUCUAGGUGAGGUCUUACUAAUGCAUUGUAAAGCUUUAACAUUACUUCCCUUGAUUUAAAUUCAACACUUCUCACAAUAUAUCAGAGCAUCUUGUUGGCCUUUUUUAUGGCUUCCCCACAUUGUCUAGAAGAAGACAUUUCUGAGUCAACAUAAACUCCUAGGUCUUUUUCAUACACUGCAUUGUUCAGGUAUGUUUCAAAAUGUGUUUCAAUAAAGUGAAUACACAUUCAUUGAAUACAUUGUGAGUACAGCAGUGUUAUUGUGUGAUAAGCAUGUAGAGGGAGGGGGAUUGCAGAGCUUUGCAUCUCCACUUAGUGAAAAACUGUGGGGAUAACUGUGGUUGCAAAGGUUUUAAAAUCUAGCACCUGGCUUGUCUGUGAGAAGGCCUCUCUAGGAUAUCUGUAAGACUGCACCGACCGGUGUCAUGGUAAAUAACUACACAUUGCGCCGACUUUUUAUUUUAAAUAUAUGUUUUAAAGUUUUUAAUGUUGAAAUAUUCUUUAUUAAAAAUGACACCUGUUUAGAAAAUGCAGUAACCUAUAGGCCUAGAUACAGUAAUGUAAACAUUACAGUAGGAUUUAUCUGUUGAAUGCAUUGUAAAACACUUUGAUCAAAAUGCUACAUAAAAACUAAUAAGUACACAAAUAAAUUGUGUUGUAAUUUAUAUGCACUUUAAAAUAUAUUUCUAAUAAGACGUGUUCUGUGUGCUGUGAACUGAGUUUAAACAAGUUAUUUUGGGUAGCGAGUUGCUUUUUUUAAAUAUUGUUUGUGCUAUAAAUAUAUUGAUUAUGAAUUGUAUAUGUCUGUGUUGUUAUUUAUAUCAGUUGUAACCUUGCCACUUCAAAUCCAUUCAACUGCAGGACUUCAGUUUCAACCACACAAGUCCUUAUUUAAUUGAGCUUUUAGGACAAGUCUGGUUGAAACACACUCAUGCAAUGUAUAAAAUGCUCUGCAAAAUCAUUACAGUAUUAUUUUUGUACAGCUUUUUGAAUAGUUAUUUCUUCAAAAUAUAUGUUGUUAGAAAUGCGUUAAUUAUUUGAUAUGUAUUAUUAGUUUUUCAUUUCAUAUAUGUUUUUUAAUUAUUCCUGAAUGCUAACAUUUUUCUACUUUCAAUUUACAAAAUCAAUCCUGGCACUUGCAAUCCAUUCCACAGCAGGACUUUGUUUCAACCUGACCUGUCAUUUAAAUAAGGAAUGUUAACUGAAACCUUCUUACCUUUUUUGAAUUAAUUAAUUUGUUCUUUUUUUUUUAACUAAAUAAAAAACCCUAAGGAAAUUCAUUGCAAAAACUGCGUUAAAGUAACCUUAAGGUUAUUCGAUCAAAACCCUAAAAAGUGAGAAAAUUGCGAGUUAAGGUAACUCUGCACCAUUAUGCGUAUUGUGACGGAAAUAUAAUGAGCUCUAGUUGUAAAUCUCCCUCUCGACCUGUGAGGGUAUGAAGUAGCGAAAGGGAAAGGCUUUGGACAGGUUGGUCUGACAGUUCAUUCCCUGGGUUGGGAGGUCAGUCAGCCUGGAAAAAGACGAGACUCCGUUGAAGGAAAGUAUUGACCUGGAAGGUAAACAAGUUAGCAGCUGCAGGCAAUAGAGUCAGCUGUAAUCGUUUACCAAGGGGUCAUGUAUAAACGCAUAAAAGGGGCCGGAGAAUUGUAAAUCUUUUCCUUCGCUUGGGUUUCAGAGUUACGAGGAGACUGGAAGGACCGGGAGAUAUCCUCAAACUGAAACAGAGUUUGUGAGUGUUUUGUUCAUGUUUUCUGUUUAGUAACUGUCUGUUUGUUUCGUUAAAUAGCACUAGACGGCUAAACAAAUCCGGAGCUGUCGCCAGGGGCCAGCACAAAGCCGGAUCACCACAGCACUUGUUUUCACCAAUAGCACGUAUUAUAUUGUGCUUCACCACAAGCACUGAGAGCACUCACUUUGGACCUGUGAUUGUGUGUGUUUUGUACCGUGUUUAUUGUUUGCGGGACUGCAACCCUUUUUUUCAUUACUGUGCAAUACACAAUGCUGUGUAUUGCCAGCUCUUUAUUAUUUACUGGCUGGUCAUCAGACAGUUGGAUUUCUAAUCAUUAAAACCCUCAUUUCACCCGUA